AUGGCCGCAGCAGAUUCUGGGCAGCAGAGACGUCAGUACAGACGACGGAACCAGCAGUCUUCAUCUGAUUCUGGCUCCUCUUCUUCCUCAGAAGAUGAGCGACCCAGAAGGUCCCAUGUGAAGAACGGUGAGGCGCCAGAAAGAGACUUCCCCUCGUGGAAGACGGAGGAGGACCCCCUCCCCACCACCCACCGGAAGGCGCCGUUCUCCUUCUCCUGCCCCUCCUCCUCGAAGGCGCAGGUCUCCCACACCGCCACCUCGACGAAGGACUCCUCCUCCUCCCCCCCCCCCCCCCCCCCCCCCCGGCGCCGCUCACCUUCCCCAAGAAGAUACUCUCCUCCAGUGCAGAGGAGACACUCUCCUUCUCCGCCUCCAAAGAGAAGAACGGCUUCUCCCCCUCCCCCUCCCAAACGUAGGGCAUCGCCAUCUCCACCACCAAAGCGCCGGGUCUCCCAUUCUCCACCUCCCAAACAAAGAAGCUCCCGGGUCACCCAGAGACGUUCGCCUUCGCUAUCUUCAAAGCAUAGGAAAGGGUCUUCCCCGAGCCGAUCUACCCGGGAGCCCCGGUCACCACAGCCAAACAAACGGCAUUCUCCCUCACCACGGCCUCGAGCUCCUCAGACCUCCUCAAGUCCUCCACCUGUUCGAAGAGGAGCAUCAUCAUCACCCCGAAGAAGGCAGUCCCCAUCUCCAAGUAAUAGGCCCAUUAGGAGAGUCUCCAGGACUCCGGAACCCAAAAAGGCAAAGAAGGCUGCCUCACCAAGCCCUCAGUCUGUAAGGAGGGUUUCAUCCUCCCGAUCUGUCUCAGGAUCUCCUGAGCCGGCAGUCAAAAAACCCCCAGCACCUCAGUCUCCCGUCCAGUCUCAGUCACCCUCUACCAACUGGUCUCCAGCGGUACCGGUCAAAAAGGCUAAAAGCCCAACACCAAGCCCAUCUCCGGCAAGGAACUCAGACCCAGAAGGAGGUGGAAAGAAAAAGAAGAAAAAGAAGGACAAGAAACACGAAAAGGAUAAGAAGCUCAAGAAGCACAAAAAACACAAGAAGGAGAAGGCCGUGGCUGCAGCCGCUGCGGCUGCUGUAACCCCUGCGGCUGCUGUAACCCCUGCAGCCAUUGCUGCUCCCACAACCACAUCAGCACGGGAGGAACCAGGAGCGGAGCCCGAGCCUAAGAAGGAGACCGAAAGCGAGCCCGAAGACAACCUCGAUGACUUAGAAAAGCACCUGCGUGAAAAGGCGCUGAGGUCGAUGCGGAAGGCUCAAGUGUCCCCACAGUCUUAGGUGGAAAUGUGUGUUACGAUGUACAUUUUAUUUGGUUUGUACGCAAUUCAAUUUCAAAAUUGCUAAAAUGUGUUUGAGCUUUAGACUAUAACAUUUGUUGUAAUAAUUGCUAGGUUGAAGUUCACCGUGUAAAAAAAAAGGGCAUGGAUUUACAUUGCAAAAGGUGUCCACAGUGUAUUAGUGACAUUCUUUCAUUGACAGCUGACAUAAAUUUCAUUUAGAGUGAAAUAUUGUAAGCCAAAAAAAUCCCCUUUUUAAAAAAGGGGGUUUCAAUAUUGUUGGCAUUCUUAUGGUUUCUUUAAAGGCCUUGGCUAUUCCCAGAGGUUUUCCUUUCUUUUCGGUUUUUUUCCCCCUUUAUUUUUUCUCAUUUGAGUCUUAGCACCCAUUUAAGUUAUGAUGCUUCCAACCUUGUAUGGUUUGCAAGCUAGCCCAGAAAUAAGACCACUGUUGAACUACCACAAAAGUAUAAACGAACAUUUUGAUGCCACAAUCUUUCCUGUUGCCUGUGGAGUCUCUGCUGAAAUGAAUCCAGAAUCGAGCUCUAGGAUGAGACGGAGAAUGAAAGCAUGUUGUUUGCCAGGACACUGUGGGUUUAUAUGGAUGUGUAACAAGUUGAUUUGGAACACUGGAAUUUCAUUCUAUUCUGUUGUGUUUUUUUUUUUUUUUUUUUUUUUUUUUUUGUAAAGGCAAUUAACUAGUCCCAGGAAGGAUCCUUCAGUUACAUAAAAGUUUGUUUUAUGAAAUGUCACGGCUCCAUUCAUAAUUUUGUCUUGUUCUUCCAACUGGUAUAUACAACUUUCAGAGCUCUCUCAUAUUGGGAAGGCUGGAAGGGCCCAGACUUUGAAAUAGUGUCUUGUUUUCACUGUUUUUGUUUGUUUUUUUUUGUUGUUG